UUAGUCAGUUUCUCAGUGACCGUCUGCACGACCGUACCCUACAGUGAAUAUUUUAUAAUUUCAAAAUUAAAUAAAACCUAAUUUUGAUACUUAUUAAUUCGAAUUAAUUAAUUGAUAUAUUUCUAUUUAUUUAAAGGCAAAGAUAGAACAUAUAAAAUUUCUUACGAAAUAUGAAUUCAUGGAAAGUAAUUAUUUUUAUCGGUGUAAAUAUUAUUUGCUGUGCGGCUUAUUAUCAACAACAAGCAAAUAAUAAUUUCAAUGGAAAUGGAAAUUUAAAUUAUAAAAAUUUGCGUCUAAUUUAUUCAUGGAAAUCGUUAGACUUUUUAUUUCCAAAUGAUUUGACAAGAGAACAGGCAAUUUUAAAUAGAAAUUUUAUUCCUGGUGCUCCUUUUCCGAUAGAUGUUGAUGCUUCUGAUGUUGGUCCAAUGGGACCACGAGUAUUUGUAACAAUACCCCGUUUUCAAGAAGGUGUACCAAUAACUCUUGGAUAUGUUUCAAAUCUAACAUCUAAUGGUAAUCCUCUUAUUGCUCCUUACCCCAAUUGGGAACUAAAUCAACCAGGAUACUGUAGUCAUAUCACCAGCGUAUACCGCAUUAAAAUCGAUGAAUGCGGUAGAUUAUGGGUGUUGGAUACUGGAAGACUACUUGAAGAACGAAAAUGUCCUGCCCAAUUGUUUAUAUUUGAUUUAACAACCGACCGAUUAAUAUCACGUUACCAAUUUCCUGAUAACGUUAUGAAAAGUGAAUCAUUGUUAAUAACUCCAGUUGUUGAUAUACGAGGCCAAUGUUCCAACACAUUUGUUUAUAUCGCUGAUGUUUCUGAAUUUCAGUUAAUUGUUUACGAUCACAAAAAUAAACAAUCAUGGAACAUACAAAAUAACUUGUUUUAUCCGUAUCCAGAAUACGGAAGGUUCACUAUUGCUGGGGAAAGUUUUGAUCUCAUGGAUGGUAUUUUUGGAAUGACUUUAGGGCCACUUACAACCGCCGGCGACAGAACUUUAUAUUUCCAUUCAUUGGCGAGUGUUGUUGAGAGUUAUGUGCCUACGUCCAUUAUUAGAAAUUCGACCUUGUUUUUAAAUCAUCCCGAUAAUCAAGCAGAUUCGUUUAAACCAUUUCCCAAACGACGUUCAACACAAUCUGGCCCUGAAGCAAUGAACAAUGACGGAAUUUUAUUCUACGGUUCAAUGUCUGACACAGCAAUUCGGUGUUGGAAUAGUAAAAGUUACCCUGAGUUUGGCGGAUCUAAUCUCGAUAUUGCUGUAACUAACAGUAAAACAUUACAAUUUAUAUCGGGUUUAAAGAUUGUAAAAGCGAAUAACAGCAAAGAUCAAAUUUGGGUUAUAACAGGACGUUUUCAAAAACUAAUGACCGGGACUCUAAACUCAGCGGAAACAAAUUUCCGUAUCCAGGCUGCUUAUGUUGAAGAUUUGAUCAGCGGAACAAAGUGUAUGCCACUAACUCAAGAUGAUGUUUAUCCUAGGCAACAACAUAGAAAUCCAUCAGGAUUGCAAGCCAAUAAUAACCAACAUUAUCAAUAUUACCACUAAUGAUGACAAUUUUUUUUUUUUUGUUCGUCACAUAGUUUUUAAUAUUUACUGAAUGGGGAGUCUAUCGUAGGGGGAAUUCAACAGUAUAAAGUCUUUCCAGAGAGUUCAUAAUCAUUGGGGAUCGUCGGAAAUUUUAGGCUUGUGAAAUUAAUGUGUAGAAGGGGAGAGGGGGGGCAGAGUGGGCCUCUGGGGGCAAAGUUGGCCCUGUAAAAUUUUCUAUACGUCAAUAAAUUCGGACGGAUAAUUAGCUUAUCGAAAUUUCUUACACACGUGUGGCUUCGCACAACUUUGUUGUAAACACCGGCACAUGAAUCAUGGGCCCAAUUUUUACAUUGACCACUUGAAUCCAUGGAUCCAAAGAUCCUGAGUAUAAUUUGCCACAAAAAAUACAAUCCGUAUUAUCCACCAAUCGUUUUGAUUUGCUUUUUUUUCCCUUUUCUUUGAUUGUUGUCUUCUCCGUCGCUUUAAUCGUCGUUUUAAUAUCAAAUCCAAAAUUUUUUGGAGGGCCCACUUUGCCCCUAAUUUUCGAUUUUUCAAUUUUAAUGGACGCAGCAUAAUGAAGUGAAAAUAAGUAUCAAAGGUCUGAAAAGAAGUAAACGCGUUAAAAAAAUUAAUGAUAUUAUAAUUAUUUUCCUUAAGGGGCCCACUCUGACCCCCUCUCCCCUGAAGACGUGAAAUCGAUGGCUCACUCUCUGGAGGACUUUAGAAAAAUAUUUAACUAGUCUUCCUAAUGAGUAAGUCGUCGUCGGAAAUUUUCGGCUUUUAAUAUUAACGUGUACCAAUAACGUGAUAUUAGACUAAUUUUGAAAAGGUGGGGGUAAAAACCAAUGACUACUUACUCUCUGAGAAGACUUUAAUGUUAUUUAGCAUAGAGGAAGAUGAUCUUAAGCUGUAAGUCCUGGUUAUGACUACCGGCCUAAAUACUUGAAUAUUUUUAGGUUAAUUUUUUUUUAAUAGCUAACUUGCGUAGAGGGCCACACAUACGUUUUAUCGAUAAUAUAUAAAAAUAGUUAAACAUAAAAUCUGUACGAUAAGAGUAUAUUAUACAGAAUGCUAGGUUAAAUAAAUGUACACUGUCAGACAAAGAGACUCUUGUCUUUGCUAAUCGUAAGAUUUCUCGUGGGUAACGAGCAUCGCCGGAGUAGUGAAUCGCCAUGUAAAGUGCGUAAAAGUCCACUACAUAUAUAUAUACAUACGUGUAUAUUUCAUUUGUUUUGUAUUUUGUUAUGCAAUGCAGAGAAAAAGAUUCGUGAUAGAUCGAUAGAUCGUAUAAACUGAGAAUAAAAGAGCUCUCAUCUUGAUGGUUAGAUCUACAAUAUUUAUAACUCUCUCUUUUUGCUUUCAACACCCACAUAGUUAUAAAUAUAUUUUAUUUAAAUAUAAAGAUAAAUUUGAAAUAAAAAAAAAAGGUGUUAUGGAAAAAUUUAAUUUUAAAUCAAAUGUGUUUACCAAUCAAUGGAUAACGGAAAAAUUUUGAUAGACUGCAAUAAACUAAUAUAUAGCAGGUUGAUUAACAGGAUAUAUUGAUGCUUAGCUUAACAUGAGCGUGUGUAACCUUACAAUUUAUACAUUCACUUCUGUAUAUUAAGAUUAACGGUCUAGAGUUCAUUAAGACCGGCACGAUCAACAAAGAUCAGACGGCUCAAUAAACGUCAUAUCAAAAUAAAUUAAACUCAAUAAAAAAUAUCCUGUCACAUUUUUUUUUCUUAUGCACACAUAUGUAGAAUGAGUAUGAUAAAAUGAGGCAAUACCAUAAUGCUAUUGAAGUAUCCACGGUAAAAAAAAAACUGUGGUGUAAGUUCACACUAUUCUGGUGUUAAGGUUAUCCGUGUUGAAAUAAGUGCACGGAAAAGAGUAUUGUUUCUCGAACUAUCUGAAGUAUAGCUACUUGUAUAUUGUUAACAUAACAAUCCGUAUACUUAUGAUAACGACACUAUUGCUACUGUAACUACCUAUCGGAUAGUUGUGAGACCUACGAGACAUUCCAUAGUCGCCACCUCACCCGACAGUGUCUACUAGAAUCUAACAUUUAUUCUCGCGUCUAGAUUUGAUUCAAAAUUCGUUCGCGGAGUGCGUGGGCGCCAGACGUCUACGGAUGGUCUAAAUUUCUAUAAAGCCAUAAUUUUUGGAAAAAUCAGAUCUUCGUAAAUCUAAACUGUAAAUAGAGCGGUGUUAAAAAUGGACUCAAUUUAACACUGCGUGUCGUUACGAUGAAAUAACACCUGUUUAUACGGUGUUAAAUCGGUGUAAAAAAAAAGUUCCACGUAUAGAAAU